UGCUGAGGAGGUUCCUCUGUUCAGCACAUACCGUUAAACUGGCAUGCCGCCUACGCCUGGGUCCUGUAGCAGGAGGCUGCACUGCUUUUCAAAAUGUUACCGCCUUCUCACCGGAGUUACUUCAGACAGCAGGGCAAGGUCGUGUUAAUUCACCUCUUGUGCAGUAUUACAGGUGUGUGGGGCAGUCAGGUGGUGGUGCCUCAGAGAGUGAGUGCUGUGCUGGGAAAGAAUAUGACACUGGAGUGUAGGGUGGAGGUGGGCGCAAACCUUACUCUUACUCAGAGCUCCUGGGAGCGCCGUCUGCCUUCAGGCUCUGUCACAGUUGCCGUCUACAACCCAGAGUUUGGCAUCUCCAUCCCUCCAGAGUUUGGCCACCGCUUGUAUUUUCGUUCACCCUCCUCUCACGAUGCCACCAUUGUACUGGAAAAUGUGGGCUUUGCUGACGUUGGGAUCUAUACCUGUAAGGUUGCUACAUUUCCUCUGGGAAACACUCAAGCCUCCACUACUGUCAAUGUGCUUGUGGAGCCGAAGGUCUACGUGUCUGCAGGGUCGACUGCCUUGAUCGACGGUGGCAAUGAAACUGUGGUGGCCACCUGUAUUGCUGAGCGGGCCCGGCCUCCUGCUGAGGUGUCCUGGGAAUCCAAUCUUUUUGGCCAGUCAGAAGUGCAGCUAUUUGAUGAGGUCAACGGCACCACCAGCACGCAAGUGCGCUACCUCUGGCAGCCCACACGCCACGUCCAAGGCCACACACUCACCUGUGUGGUCCGCCAUCCCGCUCUGCAGAGUGACUUCAGGAUCCCCUACCAGCUCAAUGUGCAGUUUGCUCCUGAUAUCUCAGUUGUGGGCUAUGAUGGAGACUGGUACGUGGGUCGGGAAAACGUUCAGAUGACAUGCAAAGCCAACGCAAACCCACCAGCUCAUCACUUCAGAUGGAUCAGAUUGGACAGUGAAAUGCCAGAGGGGGUGGAAAUAGUGAACAGCACUUUGCUCUUCCUGCGUCCCCUCCACCGGAAUGACUCUGGAGUUUACAGGUGCGAGGUUGCCAAUGACAUCAACCUUCGCAGCCGGGAUGUGCGCAUUCUCAUACAAGAACAGUCCCAGGCGGAGAGGUCAAACUCCAUCGCCGUGGCUGGAGCUGUGAUGGGCGCGGUUCUUGCCCUCUUCCUCAUCGCAGUCUUCAUCAUUGUGAUCCUCACUGCUCGCAAGGCCCCGCCGCCAGCCUUCACCGAUAAAGUGAUUGACCUUCCUCCGACACACAAGCCGCCUCCUCCCUACUCUGAGAGAGUGCCUGCCGUCCCUCUGGGUGUCCACGCGUCACAAGUGGCCUGGCUCUGUCAGACUCGCAGGGCAGAGCGCAGGUACGAGCUGACUGACGGGCAGCAACCACCCACAACGAGGCCGGGACCGCCGGGAACACAAAGCCCCACCCAGCAGCUGUCCCGCCUGGAGUGGGUAUGUCAUCAGAGUGGGACAGACCGGGUGUACAUCAACCACCGUGAACACUAUGUGUGACAGACAUCUUGAGUUCAGGCCACCAAGCAGCUGGCAGUCAUUCACUCUGUCACUCUGUACGGGCUUCACCUUAGCCACUGAGACAUCAAGGGCGACUUCUCUGUUUGCAGGAAGUUUUUACACAUUUUCAUCAUCUUUUACACCAUCUUGUAUAAAUAUUAUGUCUCAAAGGAAUGAUACACAUUUCGGAGUAAUACGUUUAUUUGCUUUCUUGCUGAGAGUUGGAUGAGAUGAUUUAUCUGAUGUCCGAAAUAUGAAGCCAUGGUUAGCUAGGAAACUACAUGGUACUUCUUAACUCUUUGUCAGUUACCUGGCAACCAAGAAAUAGCCCACAAACAACAAAUUGUGGUUUUUACACUUCUGUUUCUCCCCUGUAUGCUAAGCUAAGCUAAAUAACUGCUGGCUGCAGCUUGAUAGUUCAUGCACAAACAUGGCAGGAGUAUCAGUCCUCUUAUCUAACAAUCUGCAUUGAAGUGUAUUUCCUAAAAUGUCAGAAUACUCCUUUAAUUCUUUUUCCCUUUCUAAUUUUUGUUUUGCAGAUGUAUUUAUCAGUAUUCAGUGUUAAAUAUCACUUAGGAUACAAUGGUGAGGCUUUAGACAUCACAUGACCAAGAGAGUAAAACUCACAUUAUCUGCCACCUAAUGAGUAUGUGCAGUAUUCUCUCUUUUAAAUGUCGAUAGGUCGUGGUUAUUCACCAAAAUCCUACUGCUAUUUCCUUUUCCCCUGUCAGAGAGGGUACCAAGACACAUAAAUCUGAGACUCUGUAUUUUCAGGCAUAUCACCAGACCAUACCGCGCCAGAUCCGAACUGCUGAGGUCCACUGAGACCAAAUGUACUAACUGCAACACAGACCAUGAAGGGAUUAAUUAAGGUGUUUCUGUCCCAGGUCUGUGAUUUGCUGUUGUAAUGGUAUGACACUAUGCUUUUUGGCAGCAGAAACUGUAGAUUUGUAAAUGUGUAAAUGUAGCCUCAGUGUCAGUGUAAUUAUGCAGAGUCAUAAUCUACUAAUCAGGGAAACAGUAAUAUGAGACAUUACUGAUGUCAGUGUUUUAUAUAUAUUGUAGAAAAACACACUAUGUGUAAACUAAGGGAAAUGUGGCUCCUGUAAAAUGUGUCUGACUUUUAUAGUGAAGAUCUGAAGAACUAGCUGUUUUAAGUGCCAUAUUUACAUAUUCAGGGUAUUCCCUCUGAAUAUAUUCAGUAGUAUGAUGUAGUGAUUAGACAGUUGUGAGCUGUUUUCUUGCCUGAUUUAUGUAUUAAAUUAAAUUGCAACCAUAUGCAAGUGGCCUAACAGUGAAAAGCCAUCAUCUGUCCUCACUCUGAAACAUCACAAAUCGCAUGCAAGGACUAACAAAUGAAAGAAAAACAGAGUAACCAAUCUUCCAAACUGCUGUGUAAAAUCAGAUAGCUCUGCAUGAGGGCGUUCAAUAACCGUCUAAAAGUAAACAGCCGAAGAGACGGAAGCUCUGAGUCAUCACAUGUGGAAACAAGAGAAGAAGCCCUUGAAGAUUUGAAAGAGUUUGAAUUGACGUGUUGAGGGUUUUUGAGAAAAAUUCAUCUCAAGGUCACAGUCACAUUGUAUCCACUGUGAUUCUCACAUGAGGAGGGGGAGGAAAAAAAGCUGUUUUUAUUGCCAGGAACAUUUUGUGUAGGUGAAGCAGUGUUUGUGUUGGAGAAGCCGAAGCUCACGUUGUAUUGACACCACACUGACGGUGAAAAUGUUUGUCAGGAUUGAUUUAUUUCUUCAGAUCAGUCAGAGCUCUGGGUUUCUCCGCUGACGCGAGAAAGGGUGUAGCUGACACUUUCCAAGAGCGACACCUAGUGGUCAAAUCUGUCAGUGCAGCCCCCGCUGUCAUGUCAGGUAUCACUGAAAAUGUGUGAAGUAAACGAGACCCUCAGCUGCUAUGCAUUGAUGGGAAGUUUAAGGUGGAGGAAGUGUAUAGUUUUAUUAUAGUUUUAUAAUUAAGCUGGAGUUGGAUUAAACAAUAUGAACUGGGAUAUGUUGCUUUGUAAUGCUAAUUUAGACAAAAGAGUUUAUCGUUAUUUAAAAAAUAGAUAAUAUGAUUAUAAAGACAAGAAGUCGUGACAUAUUUUCCAGCUAUAAAAUGAGUAUAAACAUACUGACUCAUACUGACUGUGUCCUGUGAGGCAGCUCACUGACAUUUUGCCACGUUAUCAUAUUUGUCUCUUUAAAUUACCCUCUGUUGUUUUGCCACAUGUGAGCCUUUAGCUUUGGGUAUAAUCAGCUUGAUGAGCUUCAGUGGUUAGUUUGUCUAUACUGAUUUACACAUGAGCAGUAGACCUUUUAUCACUGAAGACAUUUAGACAUGGAGUAGAGAAACUAAAAAUAUAAAUAAUAAAAUUAAUUAUGUCUGAAUUCCAUUCAGCUUCUUCAGUUUCAGUCCCUGUAAUGUGCAUGUUGGCUCAGGAUGUAAUGUUAGUCACAUCACUGUUAAUAAAGUUAGUACAGUCAACAGAUAACAAAGUGAUUAAGGUCUAGUUCUGGGGGUGCUAAGCAAACUCACCUUCUCACCUUUUUAGUAAAUAACUUUUUUAUUAGGGAGCAAUAUAAGAAUAGGAAAAAAACAAUAAAAAAAAACCAUAAAUACCUAUAGACAUAAGUAAACCCAAAACAAAGGAUAACAGUGACAACUGUAACAGUCCAUGCCUAGACGCCACUUCCACAUCAACAGCCAAAACAGGCAGUAAACUGAUAAUGUACUGUUACUAAUAUUGCUUUUAAAAGGUGAACUGGUUUGACAGUAAAAUGUUAAUUUUUUGUCGUUAAAGGGUCGAUUCGCCCAAAUAGCACACUUUUUUCACUUGAAUAAGAAAAUUAGUAUUUUGGGUGUACUGAUCUUUUUAUUUUUCAUUACAUACUGAAACUACUAAAGCCCUCUUUGCCCAUUGUAACAGCAGGGGUCCAAAUGCUGUUUAAACCCGGGAUCAUAAUGUGAAAUUACAGUAAAUAACUUAAGCUCAUUAAGACAUGUUAGUAUGAGUGCAGUUUCAUUUUAAGUUCUGAAACACCGACCACGUGGUCACCGACAUUAAUCUGACAUACAGCUCGCCGGCUAAACAGCUGCGCUGAAAUAACUGCUUACAGUUUACUGGCUCAGGUUUGGCAGUGAAAACCACACAGUUGUCUAGAAUAAAGGAAAAGUCCACCCAAAAUUGAAACUUUUGCCAUCAUUUAGUUUUGUCAGCUUUGUAAUCCUUGCCCAAGCUGGUGCAACACCCAACCCUCAUCUAUCCAUAACCAUUCGUUGGUCUUUCAGCUGAUGUCACAGUUUGCAGAGGUGAUACGACUCGAGGGUGGAGAGAAAUUAGGUGAAGUUUAAAUGUCCACAACUGAAGGUCACAACUGAAGUGUCGUCAAUUACAGUUUUAGUCAAAGGUUCAUCAUUGACUAAUGAACACUUUCUCAAAUUGUUUGGCUGAUUUGGAAAAUGUUGACAUGAGGUCGUGCAGGCAACCACCUGUAUUGUAAGUAUGAAAUUGUGGACUGACAUGAAUAUCAAAAAGGUGCCACAGGUGUAAUCUGCAUUGUUCCUUUCAGGAUGUGGAGCUUUCCCAGGAAAUUCUUGAAACAAGUGAAAUUACAUUGGAUGAGGUCUGAGUAUGAAAUUUAAUGGCUGCCUAAAGUGGAUAUUUUGUAUUUAGCAGUGACCUUCAUCUCCUUGUCAAACUGCCCCCUCAAGCACUUUUUUCUUCUCAGGCUGUCAGCAGAGUGUUGUGACGUUGCUUGGUUUGUUUUUGGAAGUGAGACAUGGCCUUGAAAGAUGAGUCUAUUUAGUGUCUCAGCCCUUCAUUAAAGUAACUGGCUUUUUCUCUAAUGCCUGAUGGUGACGAUAACUCUUUUACAAACAGUAUAAAAUCUGUAGGUUGUGGUUCGAUGGCAGUUUAUGGUGCAACUCAUUCACACAAUUAUGCAGCUAAAACAGGGUAGAGAUGGUUUGUCCUCAUUAAGAUAAUAAUAGUUAUAUAGUGAUGUAAGAAAAGUGAAAACAAAUAAAAAUAAACUGAUAGCAAUUCAUUGCUCCAAAACCAACUGAGAGAAAACUUAAUGUAUAAUCAGUGUUUUUAUAUUUUUGUGACUACAUGGGUUGUUGUCACCCAACUCUGCAAUUGCCCUAACUUCUAUGAAGCAAUUGAACAUCUUUCAGCUUGUUUUUUUUUUUUUUUUUGGUUUUAUAGCACUCGACUUGACAGUUUUGGCUCACUCUCGCUGCUCUCACAGCUUUGGUUCGGUGGGUUACUGUUACCAGCAAAGUAAAAAGUUGCUCUUCAGCUGCAGGACAGUUGAAGUUCCUCUCACGUGUUAGGAGUUGCAACACUUUAUAUCUUUUAACUGCCCCAAGAGCAGCAGAAAGUCACAGUUUGUACCUGAUUAAAUGCGAUUUACAUGUCAACAGUGCU